AAUUGCGACACAGUUCGGUGCGGAACGUCUCGAGUUGUCUCAAAUUGCCCUUCACACAAGAUUCGUUUAUCAAUCUCCCAUCGAUCGAAUUCCAUUCUUAAUUUUUAUGUGAAUAAAGUAACAGACCGCCAACAUGGUCAAUGUGAGUGAGACAACAGAUCUGCAGAAUGAGGAGCUCGCCUUGGACACCACAAUUUCGCAUGGGAAUGGCAACUCUGGUCCAACUGUGCUUGUCAACGCCACAACAACGGAUGCCAACGGCAAACCAAAUCAGCGAGUCUACGAGCCACGAGAACGUUUCAUCAUAACCAAGAAUGUUGUCGUCAUUGGCCUCGCAUUCAUGAUACACUUCACGGCCUUCCACGGCACAUCGAAUCUGCAGAGCUCGGUGAAUGCCGACAAGGCACUCGGCACCACAACGCUGGCUGUUAUCUAUGGCUCCCUCAUAUUGUCCAACAUAUUUUUACCCAUGACAGUGAUUAGUUGGUUCGGCUGUCGUCUCACCAUGGCUUUGGCUCUUUUUGCCUAUAUGCCGUACAUUGCUGCCCAGUUUUAUCCACGCUUCGAGACACUCAUUCCCGCUGCCCUCAUGGUGGGCUUUGGCGGUGGACCAUUGUGGUGUUCAAAGUGCACUUAUCUGUCCACUGUCUCCGAAGCACUAACCCAGGUGCGGGGCAGCAGCUCUCGCAAGGAUGUCAAUACGGUCAAGUUCUUUGGCUUGUUUUUCAUCUUCUAUCAAAUGGCCCAGGUGUGGGGCAAUCUGAUAUCCUCAUCGGUGCUGACACUGAGUGCAGCUGAGCCAACGUCGCCCGCAAAUGAGACACUCGAAAUGGAAGAGCUCGAGGCGAGCAUCAGUCGAGUGGGCGAACUUUGUGGUGCACAAUUCUGUCCAGGCAUUGGCGCUGAAGUGAAUCCCAAUCUAGUGCCGCCGGCGCCUGAGCAAAUCCGAUUACUCAACUCGAUAUUCCUAAUGUGCAUGGCCGGCGCUGUGGUCAUGAUGAUCUUUGGUGUCAGCUCCUUAAAGCGCUAUGGCGUCAAGCGUGGCGAUACUGGGGAUGGCAUCUCGGGACUGCGACUACUCACGGUGACCAUUAAUCUGCUGCGUAAGAGGCGACAAAUUCUCAUGCUGCCCAUAACAAUGUUCAUUGGACUGGAGGAGGCUUUUCUCGCAGUGGACUUCACACGCUCGUUUGUCGCCUGUGGCUGGGGAAUUUCCAAGAUUGGCUUCGCUAUGAUUUGCUUUGGCAUUGCGAAUGCCAUUGCCGCUGGCAUCGCCGGUGCUCUUGUGGAACGCAUUGGACGUGUUACACUGGCGGCCAUCUGCGCAGUGCUCAAUCUGUGUUUGCUCACCUACAUGUACACCUGGGAGGCGCGUGAGGGAGACUACUUGAGCUAUUGCGCCUUUGCGGCUAUUUGGGGUAUUUGCGAUGGCGUCUGGUUGGUGGUUGUCAAUGCUUUCUAUGGCAUCCUGUUUCCCAACCACCUGAUUGCCGCUUAUAGCAACUUCCGUUUAUGGGAAAGCACAGGUUCUGUUAUUGGCUACGUCAUCAGUUCACAGCUGUGCACAUCCACUAAGCUAAUCAUACUCAUGUGCGUGAUGCUCGUCGGCUGCAUAGGAUACGGACUGAUUGAGUAUCGUGUGUGGCAAAAGCAGAAGAACAUGGAGGCCAUGCUGAGUGAUUGAUGAAUGCGAUAUGAUUACCAAUUAGCUCUAACUUGAUGUGAUAUUGCCAGCCUUACACUAAGUGCAAUUAAGAACAAUGCUCCCUUAGCAAUCUAGAAUAUAGGUUUUUUAUUGCAAAUAAAUCUUCAUGAAA